CCUGCUCCGAGCCGUGGGCCGCCCAUGGCGGGGGCCGCUCCGACCACGGCCUUCGGGCAGGCGGUGAUCGGCCCUCCGGGCUCAGGGAAGACCACGUACUGUCUGGGCAUGAGUGAGUUCCUGCGCGCGCUGGGCCGGCGCGUGGCCGUGGUGAACCUGGACCCGGCCAACGAGGGGCUGCCGUACGAGUGUGCCGUGGACGUAGGCGAACUGGUGGGGCUGGGCGACGUGAUGGACGCGCUGCGCCUGGGUCCCAACGGCGGACUGCUCUACUGCAUGGAGUACCUGGAAGCCAACCUGGACUGGCUGCGUGCCAAGCUGGACCCCCUCCGCGGCCACUACUUCCUCUUCGACUGCCCAGGACAGGUGGAGCUCUGCACGCAUCACGGCGCCCUGCGCAGCAUCUUCUCCCAAAUGGCGCAGUGGGACCUCAGGCUGACUGCCGUCCACCUGGUGGAUUCUCACUACUGCACAGACCCUGCCAAGUUCAUUUCAGUACUGUGUACCUCCCUGGCCACCAUGCUGCACGUGGAGCUGCCCCACAUCAACCUCCUUUCCAAGAUGGACCUCAUUGAGCAUUAUGGGAAGCUGGCCUUCAACCUGGACUACUACACAGAGGUUCUGGACCUCUCCUACCUGCUUGACCACCUGGCUUCUGACCCUUUCUUCCGCCACUACCGCCAGCUCAAUGAGAAGCUAGUGCAACUCAUCGAAGACUAUAGCCUGGUGUCCUUUAUCCCUCUGAACAUCCAGGACAAGGAGAGCAUCCAGCGAGUCCUGCAGGCUGUAGAUAAAGCCAAUGGAUACUGUUUCGGAGCCCAAGAGCAGCGAAGCCUAGAGGCCAUGAUGUCUGCCGCAAUGGGAGCCGACUUCCAUUUCUCUUCCACACUGGGCAUCCAGGAGAAGUACCUGGCACCCUCGAACCAGUCAGUGGAGCAGGAAGCCAUGCAGCUAUAGCAACAAGGUGGAUCCUGGAGAGCAGGAUGCAUAACCCAGCACUGGGGAAAGUGGAGGCUCCUGAAGCAGGCUGCAGACCCAAGAGCAAGUCCUCCCAGCGAGAGCUGGUGGGCUGGCAAGGGGAUAUUGAGCUCUGCAAAGGACUUCUGGCCAAAAAGCCAGACAUGGCGCCAAGCAGAACACCUACCAUACCGUCAGUGGUGUCUGUGAGCUCCGGGCCCUGCCACCAGAAAGUCGAGCACUGGUCCUACUCAGGCUGUGACGGAAUGUGCUGCA